CUUUUCUCUUGUGUGUCGAGACCCUUCCUGCUCUCACGAAGGAAAUAAUGAAGGAAUCAUCUAAACACGAAGAAACCAUUCAGGUGACUUAAAGUCUAACGGCCGGUUCACACCGCAUGCGUAAGCAGUACAUAGGUGGAGUGGGAGCAGCGCAUAGGGAGAGCGUUGGCAGCGUGUGUCCAUCAUCCUUUCACACCAGCAUCAUGUGCACCGCACUGCCUGGAAAGUAGAAACAAACCUUGGUAGAAGCAACACUUGCCUGGAGGGGACGGGGUGUUUUCUCUGGCUAUGAGAUCAUUUGAAGAUUAAUAAAGACACUGAGUACAGGAACAUGUCCAGCACUGACAGCACAGUGUCUGUUCACAAUUCUGCUCAGAGCAGUAGAGCCAGCAUGGACAUUGAUCCUCCUAAUAUGAGGAUUGUACUGUUGGGUAAAGAUGUGUCAGUAAACAGUCGAGUGGGAAACUUCAUGUUGUGUAGAUCAGCGUUUGAGACUGAAUCUUCUCCAGAUGAUCUUCACUGCUGUGAGAGAGUCAGAGGAAAACACAUGACACUCAUCAACUGUCCUCAUCUGCUCCAACACAACCUGUCAUCACAUCACAUCACACAAACACUGAGAGAGUGUGUGUCUCUGUCUCAUCCAGGACCUCAUGUCAUCAUUCUCAUCUUUAAACAUGAUGAUGAGUGUUCAAGAGAAGAUCAAGAGCAUGUGGAGAUGAUCCUCAACUCUUUCUCUGACAGUGUUUAUGAUCACACACUUGUGUUGACCGAACACGACUCAAGACACACUGAUGUCAAUGAAAACAUACAAGAAAUUAUUAGAAAAUGUCUGAACAAACACUACAGAAAGGAGAGAAACAGUUCUCCUGAUGAUCUAAGAAAGACAUUAGAGAAUAUUGUACACAUGAACAGUGGAGGACAUCUGAUGUGUGAAGACAAAUCUCUCACUAUGAUGCAGCUGACAGAAGAAAGCGAUGUUGUGAAGCUGAAUGUGGUUUUGUGUGGAAGUGACAGAAGAUUAAAAAGCUUCAUCUCAAAGCUGAUGUUGAAUGAGAGCAGCAGAAGAUCAGAGUUGAGAUCAGAUUGUGUGAUGAAGAGAGAGAUGGAGGUGUGUGGACGUCUGAUCAAUCUGCUGGAGCUUCCAGAUCUCUUCAACACUUCACUGUCAGAUGAUGAAGUGAUGCGUCAAACUCUCUGCUGUCUGUCUCUCUGUCAUCCUGGAGUUCAUGUGUUUCUCCUCAUCAUUCCUCAUCAUUCACUCACUGAUGAACACAAAGCAGAAAUGCAGGAGAUACACAGAAUAUUCAGCUCAAGAAUCAGAAGUCACAUGAUGAUCCUGAUAAUGCAGAAGUCUGAAGACACACCAGCAGAACUUGAUGACGUCACACAGUCUGUUAUUAAACGUUAUGCAGCUCAAAAUCAUUUUGUUCAUCCAAAUACACAAGUGUCCACAUUACUGGAGAGAAUUCAGCAGAUGAUAGAAGAUAACAGAGGAGCUUCUUUCACUACACAAACAUUUUUACAUGAGCAGAUGAUGAUAAUGAUGAAAUCUGAAGAAACGAAGAGAAAAAUCGACUUACCAGAGAUCAGAGAUGAGGUCAGGAUUGUGCUGUUGGGUAAGACUGGAGUUGGGAAGAGUGCUACAGGAAACACAAUCUUAGGAAGAGAAGUGUUUCUAUCAGAAGAAUCUCAAGAGUCAAUAACUAAAGAGUGUCAGAGAGAAACAGCUGAAAUCAAGACGAGAUUGAUCACUGUGAUCGACACUCCAGGACUGUUUGAUACUGAACUGAGUCAAGAAGAGAUUCAGAGAGAAAUGACCAACUGCAUCUCCAUGAUUCUGCCUGGACCUCAUGUGUUUAUCAUUGUGUUGAGUUUAUCUCACCGUUUCACUCAAGAAGAGGCAACAACAGUGAAGAUCAUUAAAGAGACGUUUGGAGAAAACUCUUUCAUGUACACUAUGGUACUCUUCACGAGAGGAGACGAUCUGAAGAAGAAAACUAUUGAAGAAUGUUUAGGAAAACCUGGAUCUCCUCUGAGAAAUCUGAUAGAAGAGUGUCGAAACAGAUAUCAUGUGUUCAAUAACACUGAGACUGAAGACCGCACACAAGUGUCUGAUCUACUGGAGAAAAUAGAUCACAUGGUGACAGAAAACGGAGGAAGUUACUACUCAUGUAAGAGAUUCAGAGAGAUGGAGAGAGAAAAACAAGAGGAGCAAGAGAGAAAGAUGAGAGACUCUUUUAAAAGCAAAAUAGAGGAACUAAAGAAAGAAAAUGAACAGAUCCAGGUGAAAUAUGACAAACUGAGAAGAGAACAAGAGGAAACAGGUGAACACGUGAAAGAUAUGAAAAUCCUCCCUCAAUCAUAUUCUCCAGAACAGAUUACAGCAUACAGCAAACUGGAGACAGCAUACAGUGAGUGGUCCUGGACUCUUCGCAGUGCCAUGCUGGAAAUUGAGAACAAACUACAAAAUCAAAUAUUGAGUGACGCAGCUAAUGAAAUCCAGGAAACUGAUCUUAAAACCGAACUGAAGGAGAAAAGUGAUCAAGUGGAAAAAUCUAUGUCAGAAUUUUUUGAAAAAUAUCAAGAAAUUCCAAUUCAGAUGAAAACCUCUGUAGAGACAAAAAUCAAAGAGCUUCAAGAACACAUUGUGAUAGAAAUGAAAAGGAAACUAAAUGAGAUUCUUCAUCAAGAUCUGAAGAAAGAUAUAGAUGCUCAGAAAACACAACAUGAAAACACUCUCUUUGAUAGGAGCAAAGAACUUGCAUUAAAACUUAAAGACAAGGCAAAUGAUGAAGAAUCUUUGAAGACGGAGUUUGAUCUUUUUUGGGAUGAUAGUGUGAAGAAGAUCAUCAAAGAAACUACUCCAAUCAAAGACAUUGACAUACUGAGAGAUGCGAACGAGGUUCUGAGUGACAUCUAUGAAAGUGUCCAUAUACACACUUGGGACGACAUCAAUAAUAUUUUCACCGUGAAGAAUUAUUCAGAUUACGUAAAGUCAAAAAAAUCUGGCGGAUUUACAGGACCUGGUAAAAAUGUCUUAAAAGCAGCUCAAGAAAAGUUUGGGUCUGUUCUGUCUAAAGAGGGCGAAACCAAUAUAAGAACUUUAAUCACAGAUGUUUCUUACCAUACAGAUGAGAUGAUUAAAUCGUUUAAUAUGUCAAAGAUGGGCUACAACAUCUGCUACAUUCAACAACUCACACGUUACAUCAAGAAGAGAAUCAGAGGAUAUGAGGAAAGACAAGUGAAAUAUGCGUUCAAGAGAGAAUUCUUCAUAGAUUUAGUAUUUUCUAUAUUUAAGAGAGAAAACCAGACAUUCACUGAACAACACAAAAAGUUCAGAGAUGCCAAUAAUCCUGAUCUCUAUCUGGAGAAGAAGAAGAGAGAAUACUAUAGUGUUUUCCAGAAAUACUGUGAAGGAGCAACAUCAGCUGCUAUUUUUGGUGAUAUCAUCUGUCAGAAACUGAAAGAACCCACUGAACAGAGUGUCUACAAACAGACCGCCAGAGAUUUAGCAGAUGAGAUGAGAUCAAACUGUCCAUCACUGAAUGGAAACAGAUCAAAUCUGGAGCAACACAUCCUGAAGAGACUGGCAGAAGAGGAGAACUUUGACAAAUACAUCAACUACAUUCAUAAUCCCAGAGAUCACUUCAAGAGUUUCAUCAGAGAUGAAGUGAGUCAGUACAUCAUAGAUCAGUUCAGUGUCAGUGUUCAGCUCAAGAUGAAUCAGAACAUUGAACUCCUGCAGAAGAAGAUCAUGACAGCAGCACAUAAAUCUACUCAACAUGUUCAAGAGAACAGAGGAAAUGUUGAUGUGUGGUUGAAGUUUUUCACAUUGAAGCUCUCAGAUGUUCUGAUGUUCUCUGUGAAGGACUUCAGUGGAAUCAAACAUGAUGAUGUUAAUGAUUUCAAACUUCUAGAAGAUGUUAUUAGUAAAGAACUUGAUCCUGUAAUGUCUGACAUCAGUAGUAGAUUCAACACAACAUUUACAGUAAAUCUGGAAUAUAAGGACAGAUCAGAUGAGAUUCUGAUUGAUCACUUGUGUCGGUGCUGUUGGGUUCAGUGUCCGUUCUGUAAUGCCACCUGCACAAACACAAUAGAAAACCAUGAUGGAGAUCACAGUGUUCCUUUCCAUCGUGUUAAUGGACUGAAUGGCUCGUUUUACAAUACGACAACAAACUUGUGCAUCAGUAUCUGCACAUCAUCAGUGGCAGGUGAUGGAUAUUUUCAUCCGAAUGCCUCAGAUGACAAAGUCCUCUGGAAAGAAUACAGAACUGCAGGAGAAGUUUAUGAAAAAUGGAGCAUCACCCCUGAUCUCUCUGAGCUGCCCUACUGGAAAUGGUUUGUGUGCAGAUUCCAGAAAAAUCUGGAAAGACAUUAUAAUAAAACAUUCCAGGGUCAUGGUAAAAUUCCAGAUGAAUGGAGAAAAACCACAAAACAGGAAGCUAUUGAGAGUUUAGAUAAAAACUUAUAAUGAAGCAUCUAGGUCUAUGUGUCAGAUUACAACAAAAUGUAAAAAAUGUGCCUAUCCUAAAUUCAGUUUGUAUCUGAAUUUGACAGGACUGUGCACUUUAAAGGAACAGUUCAAUUCAGAUAUUAAAUUAGUCUAUACCCCUCAACCCCUCCCAGGUGUAUAUUUCCUUCUUCUUUAAGAGGACCACAAUCUGACUUAUAUUGAAUAAUAUCCUAGAUCUUCCCAGUUUGGUAAUGAUGUGGAAGGCGGCCAUGUUUUUGAAGCUCCAAAAAAAGCAUAUCUUCGUCAUAAAAAUAAUCCAUAAUUCAGAGGGUAACACAAGUCUUCUGGAGCAAACUUUUUGUUUUAAAAAUAUUUGUUUUAAAUUACAAUCUGUAAACUAUGGCUUCCAGCAGUACAAUAUGCACAUUCAUGAGAGAGUCUAGUUCCGACUGAAUGCUGACCUCUUACCCGACAUACUUUAAAGGGCUCAUAUUGGUUGAAUAAGUGUUUUUCUGUGUCUUUGGUGUGUUAUAUGCAGUGUUGUGCAGGUUACUUCCAAACCGUAACCCAUUACAGAUUACUUGUUACUGUUAUUUAAAAGUAAUACCUUACCUAACAAUAUUACUGUCUCAGAAUUGUGAUGCGUUACAUGACUCCUGUAUUACUUUUGAGUUACUUUCACCAAAAUAACUAUAGAAGUAGAAUUCAACAUUCUAAAAAAAAUUCUUGUAUUUUCAAAAUACAUUUUGCCAUCGACCUCUUUAUUAGACUGCUGAUUUUUUUAUUAACUAGACUGUACAAAGGAGGUAGAUCGUCAAAAAGUAUUUUAGUUUGAAAAUACAAACAUACUAACAUUAAACACAUUUAAUAAAAAAAUGUUAAGGUAUUUAAAUACAAAAUAGUCCCAUCCCAUCACUGAACUAGAUUAUAUAUAAUUCUAGCUGGUCAUCAAGUAAAUUUCUGGUCUCAGGGAUCUUGCUAACUAGCUUCCUGAAAGCAGCCCAAUGACCCCUCAAAAACCGUCCAAAGGAAUUGAAAACCAGGCCAAUUAUCUUCUGGUGUCAAAUCAAAGUUAAGAACUGCCAAAAGACAUAUCGCUGUGUUUACUUAUCUGAAUGGUUUCCCAUGUAUUGUAUAUAUGUUAUGUUCUGCUGAACUCAAAAGAUGUUUUGGGAGAUUUGUUAAUUUUAUGUUGUUUAAUUUUUGUUUAUAGCACUUAUAUGUGUUGAAUGUGUGCACCAUCUAAAGGUCAAUCUACUGUAUAGAAAGGCCACGUGUGACGAGUUUAUAUUCAUCGGGUGGCAGCUGUAUGUUUCUCAAUUGUAUAUCAUAAAGUACAAAUCAGAUUCUAGUUAUUCAAUGUUGUCAUAUUAUUUUAUCAAUCAAUGGAAUAUAUUAUUAGGAAUUGUAACAUUAAACUAUGUCACAUCAGGCAUCUGUAAACUUGUUUUUAAAAAUUUCAACCUAACGCCAUUUAUG